UGUUUCAAAAUGGCGACGCCCAUGUUCAAAGGGUUUCAAAAAUUGUCUUAUUCUUGCGUUGGAUUCAGGCGAUUAAGAUGUUGGCGAGUGCUACACACAACUAAGGAUCUUCAGGCAGAUGACAAGGCAUUACAUUUUGACGAAUCUGUGCUGGAAUACCUGGCUUGCCCUCUGUCCAAAAAACCACUGCGGUAUGAUAAAGUUCACAACGAACUAGUGAGUGACGACAUUGGCGUGGCUUACCCAAUAGUUAACGGAAUCCCCAAUUUGGUGCCACAGGACGCAAGAAUGCUAAAGAAAGAUGCAGGAAGCUCAGAGGAAUCACAGUCAAAAUCAACUUGAACAACACUCGGUGCAUAAUAUACAGACUGUGUCAAGGAUGAACAACACACUAGAACUAUGGCUUGAUGUGUGAUAAGUUUUCUCUGGCACCUAUAUAGAUUUGCGAUGUAAUUGUGUAAAAAGUCUGAAGUCAGUCUAGAUAUUCAGCAGUUUUCUGAUCUGUUGUCAUGGAGACACUGGAGAUGUCAAGAACUGUCCCAUACUAUUACUAAAUGCAAAGCUGUGGCUUUUGUUAUCCAACAUUGUUCAAUGUUACAGCGUCCUGGGACAUGCAUGUGAAGAGUUUGAAGCUAAGAAAAUAUAUCUAUCUUGACUGACGGGUUGAUUUCUCAGUUUUUGUAGCAAUACAUGUAAUAUGCUACUAAAUUCCGUAUUCUAACUGCAUUUUCCUUGCUAAUUUUGACGUCCAACAUAUCAUUGUGUAGAGCUUAAUGUGGUCUGACGUGUCGGACUAAGGGCAGUUUGAUAGUGAAUAUGGUUAAUUUUACAGAGAACUGAAUACAGGCGAAAAGUGAAAUUAAACAGACUAUUCAGCCAUAACGUUAUUCCCUCAGCAGCCUGCGGAUGGUCGUGGG